CUUAGACAGGGGAGCAUCGUGUCGUCAGGGCACAGGGUCACAGAGGCGUGGCAGAUCUGCCGGUGGUGUGCGGCUCCAGUGACUUUCAUAGUGUCGUCUUCAAGAAGAAAGUGCAUUUGGAUCACGGCAAGUGGAACAAGAACAGUGGAGGACGUGCCUGUGGAUUUAGUUGUUUUCGUCUUAUCUAGUGAGUUAAACAAACAUUAUUUACAUAAAUAUUGAAAUCAUCCCGCCCUCCGUGAGUUGUUGGACUUGGACUCUUGUAAGAAAUACUAAGUGCGUAAUGUUUCAUAGCUGUGCUUAUUGACGGUGAUUUAUUUUGUUGGUUUCCUCCACUUAUGUGUCUGCUACCCUAGCUAAAAUUUUAUAGCUCCAAUAUUUGGAUUUCAAAAUAAAGAAGCCGCAAUGCCCUUGUGAGUGGCCCAAAUUAAAAUGCUAACAAUUGUCCACAUUACGGAAACAGUGUCACCGAAAGAAUAGCGAAUGCAGAUGGUCUAUUUGUUCUGUAACCGAAGAAUUGCUUUUUGUUCUCCGACCAUUGUGCCACAGUCAUUAGAACAAUUGUUCCAAAAUACAGCGGUAUGACGACAGCUCAUUGCUAACACUGAGGUCGGAUCAGGUUCCUGCCCGGACUUUGUUGGUUGAAAUGAUUCUCUUAGCUUCGUUCUGAUCUUCAGCGCUGCAGGGGCAUCCGUACUCCAGAAGACUUAUCAACCUGACUUAUUUAAGCAGUGAAGAAGGAGGUAACGUGUACGAAGGGGUCUCCGUACUUUACCAGUGAUCGUGCUGCUUCGUCCGUUCUGUUACCAUUUGUGCGUCUAAACGAGAAAUGAUGAACCAGCAGUGCAAAGUUUGCAAUGAACCGGCAGCCGGGUUCCACUUCGGGGCGUUUACCUGCGAGGGUUGUAAGUCAUUCUUUGGGCGGACGUACAACAACCUGAGUUCUAUUUCCGAGUGCAAGAACAACGGCGAGUGUGUAAUAAACAAGAAGAACCGCACUUCCUGCAAGGCCUGCAGGCUCCGCAAAUGUCUUCAAGUGGGAAUGUCAAAGAGUGGUUCUCGUUACGGUAGGAGGUCCAACUGGUUCAAGAUUCACUGUCUGCUGCAAGAGCAGAGUUCCUCUGGAGCGACGCCUAACCAAGCGCUGUUAGGCAGCAACGGCAGCGGCUUCUACCCGGGACUCUGGCACCCGAGUCAUCUCCUAACGUCCGAAAAUUACUUGCAAGCGAGGAUCAAUGGAUUCCCCGCCGGACAGAAAGAUGACAUAAAAAAGGAGGAGAACAGACAUUCGUCCACAGAUGAUUCUGGUGGAUCUUCGAUGGAAGAUGUAGAGGAGGACGCUAUUUCAAGGUCAGGGAGCGUGUUGAGCUUCAUGUGGCCUCCUUCUUCCCACAAAACACCAUCACCCUUUAGUGAAAAAGAAUCACCUAGUAUACAAAGUCAGAAAAUACCUUGCACGAUGCCUUCAUCACCUCUCGGCGUCUCCACACACCCCGCCUUCCCAUCCCCUCUCAACCCUAACAUCCUGUCCCUGCCUUACCUUACAGCCCAAGUGAGACACUCCUACCCGUUUCCCGCCACAAGACCCGGGCUGACUCCUGCCUCCGGCCAUCCUAUGCAGCUUGACCACAUCCCCCCACCCUCUUGGCCUCAUAGGACCGGCGGAGAUCUCCUCCUCUACAGCCCAGCGCCCGGAGGCAUUCCCUUAGAGCAAGAAGAGCCUAUAGACCUCUCCGUUAAAUCCACAUCAACGACGCCUGCUCUGACGCCACCCUGCGCCUCGCCAGAUCACAGGCGCCGUUCUGAUGAUGAGGAAGGAACGCUGAAGGAAGGAAGAACCACACCGCUAGAUCUUACUAAGAGAUCACCAGAAUUAUCAAUGGAACUACCAAGAGAGAAUUUUGUUAGUUGAACCUCAUCUUUAGAUGUUAAAUAAUCUGACAAGACCAUAUUUCAUGUGAUUGAGACAGAAAAUUAUGUUUAAAAAUCAAUGUUAAGUAUUUAACUGUAUAAUGUUCUGAUAGUGCCCCAAAAAAUCUUGUUUACCGUUUUUUAAACAAUCAUGAUUGUAGCAAAUAAAAAUGUAUUUUAUAUUAUAACGAUAAUUCAACAAGUGAGCAAAAGUAGUGAUAAAGUAAACUCUAAAGUUUUUUUGCAAAGGUGAUAACACUGAUAAAUCGCAAAUGUACGAAUAAAAAAUGUCACCAGAUUUGAGGAAAAUAAUAUAAUAUUAUAGUCAUAGCAAAUAGUAUUAAGUACUGAAAGAAACUCAAUGCAGUGUUUGAUGUGAAACUAUAUCUUGAUGGUAAUCCAGAUAUCUCGAAAACUCAAACGUUUUUCUUUAUAAAAUAUGCGCAGAUGUUAGUUUCACUUGUGGUGGAUCGUGUUCUUUUUUAAAGUACUCCCGCGAUAUUGAGACUUACUGGCCGCUAAAUCAGCAGAUUAUUCAUUAAACUGGUUGUAUCACGACGAAAUGAAAAUUCCAGGUGAAUCAUAUUACUAGAGAUACCAAAAAUAACAGGGGUCAUCAAUCGAACCCGGCCCAGCCCACGUAGAGAAACAGGGUGCCGUAAUGUCUUACCUCUGACCCCUCCGACACUGACAAAUGCCAAAGGCGUUGUAGAAAGUGUCUCACAGGUUGCGAGCGUAUCCAUAACCCCGGUUCCAUCGUCUUCUGUACCGGCACAUGAAUUAUUUAUCAGCGCGAAGGAGUUAGAUUCGACAUUGAACCCACAUACUCUAUUUGGCUACCAAAACGAAUGUCUUGAUUUGAAAAUAUGCCAUUCAAGCGUGUCAUUUAAAAUGAAAUUGGUCGAAACAUUGUUCUUCAUUGACAGCUGUAGAUUUACAAAAACUACACGGCACCUUAAAUUCGAUUUGGUCGGUAAAAGGCUUUCAUAAUUACGUAGUAGCAUUGUAAUGUAGUUCGCGUUGAACAGAUUUACAUCAAAUUAAGCGGACUAAAUCUACUCAGUAAGUAUAUCACAACUUGUUGGGCGGUCGCCAGUUGGUUAUGCAAUAUUUUUUAUCGAUAAGCAGUCAGUGAUGGAAAGUAUUACAGUAUUUAUUCCCAAGGCUGGAACACUUCACGCUUGAUGUUUUAAAUUAUUCGUAUAACCGUUCAUCAUAUUCCUUAUUAAAGCAAACCGUACCGUUAUCACGUUUUCUAUCCAGUUUGCUGUAACUACCACCUAAUAGAAUAUCGGUUUCCAAUCUUCGCCGGUAAUACACACUAUAACGGCAACGUACGCGCAAACACCGAGUGGCUAAAGGUUAAUGAAGCGGGUAAGCGCGGCUGAAGGGACGGUUGUUCAAUUACAGUGCGGUUUUUAACCGGGCGCUGGGGGCGGGGAUAGGACGAGCCACACAGGGGGUUUUACGAUAACGUUUGCCUCACAGCGUCUACUAAAAUAUUCCGCCACGUUGUGUACUCUAUUUUAGCAAAUGAGUCAGGAUUUCCAAUUCAAUACUGAAGGAUUCAGAUCGUGCGCAUUCAUACAAAUGGCCUGAAAAACUAAAAUUCUACAAGUAUAAAAUAAUUUCCACCUUAAUUCCUUGUAAAAAUGUGCUUCGGUUUAAAAGUUUGAAGGCCAGGACUUUAUGUUGCGAAAUGAACGAAAAUAUUGUUACAGUGCCAAAACUUUCUAUAAGCAAAUUACAAUACUAACAUUAGCUUAAACAUUAGUGUCAUACACGAUAUAGAAAUAUAUAAAAUGUUUUAUAACUUUUAUUAGCUAGCGAUGAUUAAAUCUAUUAACCUCUAUCUAGAUUUUUAGAACCACUCAAUUUAGUUAAACUAGUCGACGAUAAAAUUAAAAUAUUGUGACAUCAAUAGAGACCGAUGGCGAACUUAAUCGAAUCGACAUGGAGAUCCCUAUGGUUCCCACGUGUUUGAAAGUCAAUCGAACCACAUGUAUAUGUGCAGAGGGAGGGGAGCAGAAUCAUCGGAAUUUUACGGGUGGGAGCAGCCUCCGGCGAGAGACGACCGCGACCGGUGACUCGGGAGAUGCUCUCCCUUUACGACCCCAGCGCCGCGCCGUCCUCACUUGCUUUCUCCCGCGCGGUACGGCACACACGCGGUUUCUCCUCGAUAAAUUAAAAGACGCGUUGUUGUGUUGUGCACUUUCAUCUUCGGUUCGCACGGGACGGAUUGGGUAGGGUACUGAGAAACGAUGACGUAGACGAAAACACGUCUUGUCACGUCAGCCGAUAGGUAAUGGGCGUGACAAGAGACUACAAUUUUAAAGCCUCUAUGUUUUAUUCAGUUUGUUAAAGUGUCGUUUGUUACGGCAAUUUAAAAUCCAACGUGCCAUUUUAGAGGUUAUGGAUAGGAAUGGAGUUCGUGGCACACGGCUUGUCGAGCUCUGUAUGUAACCUACCAACGUGUGUCACCACGAGGAAAUGUUAUAACGGGUGUGAACUUCAAAUUUAUAUUUUUUAUCUCCAUUCAUUGAUUUCUAGGGAGGAGUGGGCCUAUUUAUUGACCUAUCUAUAUUCCGAUCCAUUUGGUCAUAGGAUUUGCGUGAAUGUCCCAAACAGAAUGAAUACAGUGACAAAAAGUAUUUGAAAAUGCCCUACUCAAACCCUUCUAAAAUCCGAUAUUUAGAACGUGUGGCUACCGGCUCUUCUAAUCACAAAGCUUUGAGUUAUAGUACUGUAUUUUACACAUGAGUUUUACACAAUUUAUUUCUUUAAUAAAGCAUUCUACGAAAAUAACAUUUGCCACAAAUUGAAAAUUUGUAUUGAAUUGCUACUAAGGUGCUACUAGGUUUAUGAAAGAUGUGUAUUAUAUUCUUUUUGCUAUUUAAGGAUACGAAAACAAUUAAUUCCUACGAAUUGAUCCUGUUUAAUAAGUCGAUCAUUGAAUAUACUUGUAUUAUAUUAUAUAACUAUAAAGCUAUAUUUUUAAUUAAUAACAUUGCUAUUUUUGGCAAAGUGAUCUUUUCAAGUCUUUGGAAUACGUUUCGUCGUCUGAAAUAUUAUUUACCCUAUACAUUUACUAUUACUUAAAUAUUAUUAUAACUUUGUAGGCGUACAUGUUCUGUCACGGGGUUCUUACUCAAUUAUGGUGUUAACUGUAUUAUACAAAGUUUAAAAUUUCUCUUAAAAAUUAAAUUCCCUCAUCGUACGUAAAGCUCGCUUAUUUGUAGCCACCACGUUUGAUUAUUUAUUAGUGGUUGCGAAUUUUAACUGAACGUUUUCACCCUUUCGCUGCCGACUGCUAUUCUCGUGCCGACCUUGCAAGUGAGUCACUCGGCGUGCACGAGGCUCCACAAUCCGAUCAGGAGAGGAAGUGACUAUAUCAAACAGAUCGGCUGGUGGCAAUGUUGAGUGCGUCACCUUUAGUAUCAGGUUGUUUAUUAUUGUUUAUGCCCGGCUCGACGGCUGACGUAGACUCUGUACACGCGAGUCUAUUGUUACACCUACCUGUUUGUUCAGACUGGUUUUUAAUCACUUCAACUCUGCAUUGAGUAAACUUUCUGCAAUGUUUAAUUAUAUACCUACUAAUAAUAGGUGUUUACAAACUACCAGUAUUGGUACUCGUAGGGUUUAUACCAAAUAUUUUACUUAGUUGUUAUAAAUUAAAAAAAAUAGAUUACCCUUCAAAACUAAAAUAUUAAUCUAUUCAUAGCUAACUGAUUAUUUUAUCUGGAUAAACUUACGUCAUUUAUCACAAAAGCCUGUGUUUCCUGAUACAUAUAUAUUUUUUUAAGUAUUUAUGUAACUAUUUAGGUAUUAAAUACCUUAUAUUUUUUUCUCGUAUGGUUUUACGCUUUAUUCACUUUGAAUAUAAUUUAAAAUGUAGUGGUUAAAACGGAUACGAGUAAUUUCCAGAAUUAUUUCAUAAUAUAUUUCAGAAAUUGUGUUAGGUGAAUAAUUAAACUCACUAUGUAUUCUUAAAAUGGGUGUACCAGAAAACCAUUUUUUUCAAUAGUUUGUCCUUUAAAGCACUUUGAAAAAUUUUAAUGAUUUUAGUUUACGUUUCAUAGUAAUGUUUAUGUUGAAGUUACGCAUAAAAGGCCCACAAUUUUUUAAUUUAGUUUUAACAUUACAUAUCUACAUAUCUUUAUCUAUAAAUUAUUAAGUAAGACUUAUGAGAUUCAUUAGUGCCUCUGCAGCAGUUAAAUCCCUUUAUUCAAGGCGACUUUGUUUUGAAGUAACCCGAUGGUGUCUGUUAGUUUUAUCCAGUGUUCUUAGCUCAAUAUACGAGCUCGUAUUUAAUUGACACUGCGUUCAUGGAUGGACUUAUAUGAAGGGAGAACUACUUUUUCCUACCGAUAAAUGGUUUAAAACAAGUUUACGUGGAAUGUUGUGAUUACUAUUAUCAUUUUGUUACGUUGUAUUGGACAAUUAUGUAACAUACGUGUGUAUAUUAGUCAAGUGUAUAUAGUUAUAAAUCCGGCGGUAUUUAUUGUAAUGUAAGACUGUACGUUUUAAGGCCAGUUUCAAGUCAUACUUUGUUUGCUUUCUUGUUGAUUUUGUGUGCUUUGCGUUAGUGAAUUACGUAUUUUGUAUAAAUAUUUUAUAAAUAACAUACGUUUUGAAAUA